CGUCUUUAUUUCUUUGUUAUGUCUGUUUCCUGCCCUUCCUUCAAAGAGCACAGAAUGGCAUUGAUUAACCUCGCAGCAAACGGCAAAAGAGCAGGCAUAUGGGGGGUGGGCAGCUUCCAUCUGCGGGUUAUGCCUCUGGCUGAGAGUGGCCCAAGCUGAAGACGGGCCAAACCGCUGCUUGAAGCCAACCUGAGGUUCUUGGACAAUUCCAGGAAAGGAGUGAAAAAUAAGAACGAGCCUCCAUUGACACUGCCUGUUUCUGUCUUUCUCCCCCAGCCGAGGAGGAGAGGGGGGCAUCCUUGUAAUCGGACUGAGAGGGGCUCCAAGAUCAAUGGAAUUUAGCGCUCAAGGCCUGGUUGAGCAGGAAAGGGGCAGCAAGAAAAUGAAGAACACCUUGUCCAGAGCCCACCUGAGGACCAUUCACUGGGUGUCCUAUUCCGCUCCCUGCUCCAUGCUAUGCAGAGACCUGGCCGUAGCCCAUCCUUCCUGUUCCAGCCCCAAAGACAGAACAUUUGUAUGUCCCUAGAACGCAACCGCCAUGGCACCAGGAUUGUGGCCGAAGACAUUGCCACAUCCUGGAGAAACUGCAGCUUUCUUUUGCAUCCUCCUCCUUCAGCUGACACCCGCUGCCCUCACCACCAUCCUUUUGUUUCCUCCAUGCAAAUGACUUCUAGGUUUGGCCGGGAUGCCAGGGGCAGUUCCAGCAGUGGUGGGCGAAUCAACUCACGGGCUUGGGAUUCCCUAGCCCCUCGGUUUCUGAGCAUGGCGGCUCCACAGCGCUUUGGCAAGAAAAAAUGAAGCUGGGAAGAGCAACACAAACACCCACCCACCAAGAACUAUUGCCAGUUGGAUCUCCUAUGGCACUGGGUCAAGCCUCUCCUUUCCCUUCCGUGUCUUGCCACUGCAGUUACCUGGGUGACCGGCUCUCCUGUUCUGGGUCUGUGCUUUGCUAGUUAACAAUAAAAAUAUAUAUAUUGUUGUUA